AUGCUCGAGCAUCAAUGCAACGACAGCAUCUGCCUCGUCGCCAGCAUAUCGGGGAGCAUUGCCAACAAGGGCCUCGUUUCACCUGUCUACAACUCAUCCAAGGCAGCCGUCAUCCAGCUAGUCAAGAACCGCGCCAUAGAAUCGAAUCCUGUCCGUCAGGAUGGCAGUGGCGGCAUCCGCAUUGACUGCCUCAGUCCCAGACACAUUCUGAUGCCCAUGGUCGCGCAAAAUCCCAAGGACGAGCCCGACCUCAAGGACAGCUGGUGUCGUGAGAACAUAGUGGGACGCCUUGCCGACAUUGAGACGAGCAAGGUCAAGAGCGCUGCGCGCUACUUGCUGAGCAAGGCGAGCAGCUUUAUGACGGGGAAAAACUUGGUCGUCGACGGCGACCACACGGUGUGGUGA